AGUCGCGACUCUCCAUGCAGACAAAGAGCAGCCUAUCGAAACUUCGCACUUGGAAAAUGACACAGCUAAUAGCGAGGGUUUAAAAGUCGGCCACUCGUAGAUGGUCAGGGGUCUACGAGUGCUGAGAACAACCUGAGCACACAAUCACGCGACCUAUGCGUGGAAAAGAUUGUGCCAGAAGUGCCUUCGAUCAUCAAUUCACUCGGUGCUGAAAUGCUGGAUAAAGCCCCCACCGCUCAGGGUACGACGUUUGAGGCCGGCAUUCCACUUAUCAAACCUCCUCAGGGCAUGAGGUACGGGCUGCGAUCUGCAUCACGAACGCCAGUCAAAGUAUCGGCACCUCCAAGCCGUAGUUUGGACGAGAGUACCCCAGCCUUGCAAACGUCCAAGGGCACUCGCGUGACUACAUCCAACUACUUUACCGCCCCGAAACCCAGCCCCCUGAAGCCGAAAAGUCCGCGGCCACCUCGUAACACGGUAUCCGCCCUGCAGUUUCCAACCCUUACGGCAACGCGGUUUGGACUUACGCAAGAGAAGUUGGCCGAUGACCCUUUGAGGCUUAUGAUAGCCAUAAGCUUUCUUGUACGCACUCCCGGAAGGAUAUCCGUCCCGGUAUUCCAGGGCUUAGUAGAUAAAUAUCCAACCCCUCAAGCACUCGCCGAGGCUGAUCCCGAGAACAUCAUCGCAAUGAUCAAGCACCUUGGCCUGUCAAUUGUCCGGACUGCACAGAUACAAAAGUACGCCCGUAUCUGGAUCGAGAGCCCGCCGAGCAAGGACAUACGGUAUGGGGUCAAGAACUAUCCCAAUCGAGGCGACGGGUCCGACGUUCGGGCUGGCGAGAGGCUUCCACCAGAAGAGGAAGAUCCGAGAGCGUCGGCGUGGGAAAUAGGUCACAUGACACAAGGGCCAUACGCGAUAGACAGCUGGCGCAUUUUCUGUCGCGACGUCUUGCUCGGCCGGGCACAAGACUGGAGGGGGAAAGGGAGAGAGGCAGGUUUCCAACCAGAGUGGAUGAGAGUUCUGCCCUUGGAUAAGGAACUGAGGGCCUAUCUGCGUUGGAUGUGGAUGGGAGAGGGCUGGGACUGGGAUCCGAAGACCGGAGAGCGCGAGCCUUUGAGCGACGAACUGCGCACGGCGGUCAACGAGGGCCGUGUGCAGUGGGAUAACACAGGUGCGCUGCAAAUCGUUGGGGCUACCGCAGUUGCGCAUGCCCAGUUCGAGGGCGCUCAUGCUAGUUGAGAGCCUCCAGAUAUGCCGUAUGGAGCAUGGCCUUGGAGUCGGGACGCAUUCUGGGCCAUUUGCUCGCGUGGUAAUCAGCCUUGAUGUUGCCUAUCGCUUAUAGCCCUUGGAAGAGCGGCAUCCGGCCGUAGUGACUUGAUUAUCGUUAUACACCUAGAAGGAUAAUAUUAGCACGAUGUGUUAAUAUGAUAUAGCCUGAGUAGAUCAAUUCAUAGAAUUACA